AAUUCGUUAAUGUAUACUAUAGAGUUUGUUUAUCAUCAGAUAUACUAUAUUUACACAAAUAUAUGUUUUGACAAGUUUAUAUUCAAAAACUGUUAACUAAUUUUAAAAUGUACUUGCAACUCUAUAAUGCAGAUAAUAGUAAACAUAUAAAUGUACAAGUGAUUUUCUGUAGAUUAGUGGCCAUUAUUAAGUUUUACACUACAAUAUGUUUUUUUUACUUUAGAUAUUCUAACCUUUUUUGAAUCUGCGUUGAUGAUUAAUAUUCUUUUGACUUAGUUUAAAACCUUUUUUAUUCGUUGAUAGUUUUGAAAAAUGACAUUGGCAUACACGUAUACAAAAUUAUAUCGGUACAAAUCUUUGGACAAAGUAUAAAAUUUUAAAGCUGACAGUAUAUUAUAAUAAAUGGGUUGAAAUGACUUGACUGUAUUUUAUAGCAAAAACAUAAAGAUUUUCCAUUUCAAUAAAACAUCCAGCUAAGUAGUGUGGAAAAUAAAUAAAUGUAACAGAUCUUUGAAUACAAAAGAUAAUAACGAAAGUUUCUAUUUGAAUUUUAAAACAAAAGAUGAGUAAAUGCAACUUGCUUAAUCUUGGUAAACUAAAGAUUCAGAAGAAAAAAAAACCAAGAGUGGACUUAUGUUUCCUAACAAAAAAUAUGACACAUAUAUAUCGUAUUAAUAUCUUCAAAUUAAGAAAGUGUAAAUUGAAACCGACGGAAGUUAAAGAAAAUAUUACCAAAUAAAGAGAAUGAUUGAUAAUCUACAAAGUACAGAGAAAAGGAAAUUAAGAAAAGAUGCAAAUUAAUGGGAAAGAAGAAAAGUGAUAAGAGGCAGAAAUCUUGAAGGAGAUAUAUAAAGAAUCAAAGGCAUAAGGCAAAAAAUAGUGUCAAUAAGCCGUUUCCUUGAAUGUUACUUUCUAAAAUUGGGAUUCUCUACCAUAAGUAUGAAGAUUUUUUUGACAUUAAUGAUUAGCCCUAUUGAACAAUUAAAUACAAGCACCCCAUCGAUCUUGUUCAUCAUCAUAUUAUUCUUCUUACACAAACAAACAAACAAACACACAAAUCUCUUUUGUUCCUUUGACCAAUGGAACUCAACCUCUCUACGCCCACAUCAUGUUCCUCCAGCAGCAUCUCGUCAUCUUCGCAUGAGAUCAUCCCCAGGAGCAAGGGGAAAAUGAAAGAGAAGAUUGCGGCUGAGCCAGCGGUGGAGACUCCGCGUCUAGAGUUCCGCUUCCUGUUCGACGAGAAUAUAAGAAACUCUGGCUUUGGAGGAGUUUUAGAUGAUGAGGCACAAGGGGCGAGGAACGAUGCUAAAGCGAGGGUGUUUGCUUGCACCUUCUGCAAAAAAGAGUUCUCUACGUCGCAAGCCUUGGGAGGACAUCAAAACGCUCACAAGCAAGAGCGAUCGUUGGCUAAAAGGCGCAAGGAGUUGGAAAUAAACUAUCCUGGACUCUCCUUCUACAGCCAGUACCCGCCGUCAAGUGGUAUUUCCUACAACGGCAGCAGCUCCUCGCAAUACGAUCUUGGGGUUCGUUACAAUCCUAACAUUGCUAAAACUAAGCAGCCCUUUCCUUUCAACGUCUUCAGAUGUCGACUUGGAUACAGAGGGCUUAAUAUCCCUCUGGUCUCUCACCUCCCGGUUCCACAGACUGACGAUUUGUCCAAAAACUUGAUUGCAAACCUAGAGGGUAACGUUCACGUGCAAGGCGAGGAAAAAGAUCAACCGGACACUGAUACUUCCAACGAUUCUGAUAUAGACUUGUCUCUCAAGCUAUAGAUUUCUUUUUUACUCGGGAGGGUUAAAUUUUAUUAGUUGUUCCUUGA